CGUGCGCGCAGGCAGCAGGGGAGCGUAGCAGCAGCGAUCUCGCAUUCAUCAGGUCGAGGUUAGAAGACCGCCAUGGGUUGACCACUCGGAGUGCGCACCCGAACCAUGGAAUCCAACAAAGUUCUUCAUUUUGUGCCGUCGGAGGCACCACCUUCUGGAAUGUCCAAGAAUGGAUACUUCUUCCAAGAGAUGGAGCUGCAAGAAGGGGAGCAGGAGGAUGGCUGUGAAGGCAGGGAGGAGGGGCAGGAUUCGCCCAUUGCCUGCGGGGAUGACAUCCACCUGUAUGACUCCCAGAUACAUCCAGUGGGCCCAGAUUCUGAUGACUCUGGAUGUGUGUUGCUGAACACUUCAAGAAAAUAUGUGAAGCUGAUGAACUUUGAGGAGGAAGUGCGCGCCCACCGGGACCUGGACGGCUUCCUGGCGCGGGCCAGCAUCCUGCUGGACGAGACAGCAGCCUCGCUGGACGACGUGCUGAAGCGGAUGCUGCACCACGUGGGCCAGGACAGCCACGCAGAUGAGCCCGGCUGCAACUUUGAGGAGGUCAUGAGCAUGCUGUUCACUGACGCUGGGGCCCAGGAGGUCAAUGACAAAUCUCAAAGUUUCGUUUUCUUUGACGACGUACACCUGCUGUCUGAAACCAUCCAGGGAGUGACGGCCACAGCUACUGGAGUUCAGUACCAGCAGUCUUGGCUCUGCAUCCUUUGCAAUGUGAAGAGCCUCCAGAGGCGUCAUGUGUGCAUCUCCCGCCUGGAGAGGCCGCAGAAUUGGGGGGAGAACUGCUGCGAAGUUCGCUAUGUCAUCCUCAUCCUGGCCCCGCACAAAAUGAAAAGCACCAAAACAGCCAUGGAGCUUGGCCGCACCUUCGCCACCAUGUUCUCGGACAUUACCUUCAGGCAGAAACUGCUGGAGACGAAGACCCAAGAGGAGUUCAAGGAGGCCCUGGUGAUGCAGAGGCACCAGCUGACCGCUGCCAAUCAGAAACCCGCCACCAUGGGGGAGGAGGAGACGGACCCGCAUAGCAAUAAGCCUCUGAAGUGCAAAGACUUCCUGAGAGCCGGCAGGGGGAUUUAUGAGGACCUGUGUCGCCGGCUGCCCCUCUACCCCUCAGACUUCACAGACGGUGUGAUCGGGGGUAACAAGACCCUUCUCAAGUAUGUGACCACCGCCAUCUUCCUCUACAUCGCCAUCUUGCUGCCCGCCCUCGCCUUCGGCUCGCUGAACGACGAGAGCACUCGAGGAGAGAUCGAUGUCCAGAAGACGAUUAUUGGCCAGAGCAUUGGGGGGGUCAUCUACUCCCUAUUUGCAGGGUCACCGCUGGUCAUCCCUCUGACCACUGCGCCUCUUGCCAUCUUCAUCAGUGUGAUCCGGGGGAUCUGUGACGACUACGACCUGGACUUCCCUGCCUUCUACGCCUGCAUCGGCCUGUGGAACAGCUUUUUCCUUAUCUUGGGCGGUGUCUUCAACGUCAGUCUGCUCAUGAAGCUCUUCAAACGGUCAACAGAGGAGGUAAUUGCUCUGUUCAUCUCUAUCGCCUUCGUGGGGGAUGCGGUGAAAGGCACCAUAAAAAUCUUCCAUAAGUACUACCAUGCCCCCACGCUGGUGAACGGCAGCAUAGAGGAGCUCCACCGGAUGCAGGAGAUGCUGAUGCAGGGGGAGAACACCACAGCAAACACUACAGCAACAGGGAGUAACGGCAGGCCCAUCACGUUGCCGGAGUCCUUCAUCCUGUGCACCAGAGAGAGACCAGUGCUCUGCCUGCUGCUGAUGCUGGGCACGCUGUGGCUGGGAUACACCCUCUACCAGUUCAAGAGGAGCCCAUUCCUCCAUGCCAAAGUGAGGGAGGUGCUGUCAGACUGCGCACUGCCCAUCUCCGUGCUCAUGUUCUCCUUUGUGGGCUCCUACUUGUUCAACGACAUUGAGCUUCCAGUGUUCAAUUUCCACGAAGGCCCCAUGUUCACUGUGGCGCCUUUUGAGAAACUUUCCGCCAUGAACAUUGUGAGUGCCAUGGGGCUGGGCUUCCUCCUUGCCUUGCUCAUCUUCAUCGACCAGAACAUUGUGGUGUCCCUCACCAAUGCCCCUGAGAACAGGUUACUGAAGGGUACAGCUUACCACUGGGACCUUAUGCUCUCUGGCUUCAUUAACAUCCUGAUGUCAGUGCUGGGGUUGCCGUGGAUGCACGCUGCCUUCCCCCACUCCACACUGCAUGUGCGGCAGCUGGCCUAUGUGGAGCAGCGUGUGGAAGGAGGACACCUCUACGAGACGAUCGUGAGUGUGAAGGAGACUCGGCUCACCUCGCUGGCGGCAAACAUCUUCAUCGGGGUGUCGGUGUUCCUACUGCCCGUCCCCCUACAGUGGAUCCCCAAGCCUGUGCUCUACGGCCUCUUCCUCUACAUUGCCCUCACCUCUAUUGAUGGCAACCAGAUGUGUGACCGCAUGGCUCUGCUCCUCAAGGAACAGACAUCCUACCCCCCAACCCACUACAUCCGUAAGGUUCCUCAGAGGAAGAUCCACUACUUUACAGCUCUGCAGAUGGUGCAGCUGCUGAUCCUUUGCGCAUUUGGGAUGUACCCUCUGCCCUACAUGAAGAUGAUCUUCCCCCUGCUAAUGAUCCUGCUCAUUCCCAUCAGGAACAACCUGCUUCCCAGAGUCAUCGAGGCCAAGUACCUGGACAUCAUGGACGCCCAGCACAUGUAAAGAAAGACUGUUAUGGAACAGAGAGGUUGUUUCCCAUGAUACCUGAGGAAGUGGAGCAUAUCGUAACUGUAAGCAGUGUUGAUGUGUGCAGAGCGCUUGGACUGAGGGCUGUGGCCACAGGAAUGAGUGACAGGUGACCCAGGGAAGUGUGUACCAACUGUGGACAGACCAAGCCUAUCUUCCUGCUUUCGUCUCCUCCCUUCCUGUAAUACCCAUCCCCUUUGAUUUCAGCACCAAAGCUUAGCACAUAUAGAAGUCAUCCCUAUAAUUCUGUUGACCAGUCAGUCACUCUGGCAGGAAGAUCCCAGUUUUGUCAUGAUAACGUUGAGUUGCCUGUCUGGAGCUGUUAUUGGGACCAAAUUUCCAAGCGAUUGCAUUUUUUUUCUCCUCUUUUCACACCUCUGUACGUGAUGGUUGUUUCUGUUUAUUAAGUGACUUGCUUUUGACCUCUCAGGCAGAAUCUACAGGUUGUUCAGUGUGUGUAGUGGAGUGUUGAAGGAUCCACUGUUGACAUGUUGUCUACACACAGGCCAGUGCGCUCACCCACAUACACUUUCAUGAAGACUGAAAGACAAACAAGAGCGCAGAAAAGAAAAAGUCACACACACGCGCACGCAUACACACACACACACACACACACACACAUAUCUACAGAGUUGACAGAGUAGACCGUUUCUGUUUCAGCACAUCAAUGUCCAAGAGCUCCAGUAAUGGUACAGUGCACCAUUAUUGCUAUUAGUAAAACUUAACUUAACUUAACUUAACAAACAAGGCUUCCAGUUGUACUCCUCAGUAGUAUACCAAAGCAAUAUCUUCAUAAACAAAUUGAAAACAUGAGAAAUGUGUAUUUUUGCAGUGUAUCAAAUUGAAUUAAGUUAUCAAUUCAAGUUAUUCAUUCAUUCAAGGGAGCAUUUACCUCUGUUCUCCUGGCUUUGAAGGAACAAGACAGCAGUCUGUCUUUUGCUACUCUUCUUUCACCAAUCAGGCGAUUCCUACUGUGUGCUCACACAGUAAUCUGAACAGCAGAGAUGGCAGCAAAGAUGGUGCCCACAGGGUUAGGCCCAGCCAUAGGCCAUAGGGAGCACCAGCAGGGGCAGCAGCGCUCCUUGGUCAGCAGGGUGAGCUGGACUGCUCCAGGCUGAUAACAUGGCUGAAAAGCAGUCCAGUCCAUGCUCCUCAGCCUCGUUGGCAGGGGGUUCCAAAGCGUUGCACAGAUUAACCUUUUUCACAUACCACUCCUGCUGUUUGUUUGAUUCAGGAAAAAAGUCUUUGACAGUGGAACCAAGCAUUUUCACAUCUUUCCAUUCUUCCUCUCAACAGUUUUUUUAAGCCUUAAAUCAGAGCCAAUUCUCCCGCCCAAACAUGAAUAACAAUGCAGCAAUAAAGACCGCCUAUGUUUUCCUUACUGUUGCUCUACAAUGCUGAUACCAGAGCUGCAGGUUGGAGCAGGAAAGAGUUGGCUAAUCAUAACCAUUUCAGAUCACACCAAGACAGUCUGUGGGCUGGAAUACUGUCUUUCAGUUAUAUGAUAAUGUGAAUAAUAUACAUUGUGAGGAACCUUUUGUUGCAUUUAUAGUUCCAUUGCUAACUGAUGCUGUCUCUUCUCAGUUUUGUUUCUGUCUUAAAAAUGGUGUAAGAUGCUGUUCAGUGCUAGCUGACUCAAACAUUAGAAUGGUUCACAAAAACAUGUUUUAGUAAAUCCUACCUUGCAGAAGCAAGAAAAAAGCUUGCUUACAAGUGACAGUACUGUUGUUGUUUCUUUAGUAUUCUGUCUGUAACAGGUAAAAUUGCUGUGAGAUUUUUCUUUUCAGUGACUCACAUGUACUACUUUGUUCUGUGAUUUCAGAUAUCAAUUAGUUUCAGAACUGUCAGAAAGUUUUCCUCUGUUGUACUCUGUUUUAUUGAGCUAAAACUGUACCCUAAAACUGUACCCCUCAUCCAACCAGCUGGGAUUCCUUAAGAAACUAUGUACUGUGCUGUUUUAUUAUUUUGAAAUACUUCUUUUAAUCAUGAAUGUAAAGUAUUUUAUAUUAUGCUUAGAAUAAAAUCAGUUUCUUAAUGUCAACAGUAAUUUUGUCACACAAAUAAGCUAAAUUUGUGAGCUGUAAAAUGUUUUAAAAAUCAGAAAAAAAAUGUCUAUCACAAGGAAUGUGUGGGCUCCACAAGGUAUGCUGUACACUGAAACGAUCAUUUCAAGCUGUUUAC